AGAUAUCAUAACCAAGGAAGGAUGCAAGGUCUACAAAAUGCAUUUGGAAAAUACUCCGUGUACUAAAUAUCCUACACUUCGUAGGGCUGCGAUAGUCAGUAAAAUAAUUGGUGUCAAACAAUUUUCUAGAGUGUGCUCGCAUUAAAUUUAGUGAUAUUUUGCGUCGUGUGUCGGCAUUGUUAUUUGUUUGUAACAUCACAGAUUUGCAAUAUUGAGAUUGAGGUUAUAUUCACAGCGUUCGUUAGAUGCGUGGUAACACGCAGAUCGUUUGUCUUUUUUUUGGAGUGUGGUCUUUGAUGCUGUUUCUUAUGAUCUCAUUGCAGCCGUUGUGCCUAACAAAAUGAGACGGUUGAAGGAAAAGAUCUUGUUUUAAGUCCUUGUGCAUGGGUAUAAUCAGCUGGUGACUGAUGUUUAUGACCUAGAAAAAUUCGGGCAAGAGGUUAUCAGUUAACGAAGUAGCUGAACUUUGCCUUAUAUUAUUUGUUUUUAAACGCAAAUUGUCAUAAAUAUGCAUCUUUAUAUGAACAAACCAUUGCUUAAUGUAAUUAAAUCUUUCACAGCAAAUGUUCAUUAGCACCAUGUUUAAAGCAGUGAAUACAUUCAAGUGCCGUAAAUUUAUAAAAGUCAAAUUUGUCAAUUUAUAUAAAAAUGCGUGUUUUUGCACAAAUAAGAGUGAAGUUUCUUCUUCGUAUGAACCACCAAAACCAGAGAAUCCUUUUAAACGGACAUUUAGGAUUCUUGGAAAUGACAUGAAAACUGCAAAAAAUAAAGUGCAAUCCUUUAUUACAAAAGUACAAGGCGUACGUGAAGUGACAAACAAAGUUCCAAAAUCCCCGUAUCGAGAUGGUGUAUUCCCAGAGCAUUGCGAUAUUGCCAUUAUUGGUGGAGGUGCAAUGGGCUCAUCUAUUGCUUAUUGGCUGAAACAGAGAGCCCCUAAUGCAAUUACAGUAACUGUCAUCGAAAAAGAUCCUUCGGUAAAUCAAAAUAUUGUAUCCUGGGGUCAGUAUGUUGAUGCAUCAACAGUUCUUUCUGUUGGUGGUUUGAGGCAACAGUUUUCCUUGGAGGAGAAUAUCCGGAUGUCGCUUUUUGGUGCAGAAUUCCUGCGUAACAUCAAGCAACAUUUGUCAGUUGAAGGACAUGAUCCACCAGAUGUACAAUUCACGCCAUUUGGUUAUUUGUGCCUUGCAUCUGAGGAAGGUGCUCAGCAAUUAGAAGAGAAUGCAAAUCUUCAAAAGAAAUUGGGAGCCAAAAAUGAACUUCUUACUCCAGUAAAACUGAAACAGAAGUUUCCAUGGAUCAACACAGAUGGUAUUGCCUUAGGUUGUCAUGGUCUGGAAAAUGAAGGAUGGUUUGAUCCUUGGUCUUUAUUGUAUGCUUUCAAGACAAAAGCAUUAUCCCUAGGAGUUGAGUAUGUUGAUGGAGAAGCUGUUGGCUUUGAAUUCAAAAAGAUGCCUGAUAUGUUAACGGAAGGAGUUGAGCCUGGAAGCUAUGAAGCAGUUGAAAAGGUUUUGGUGAAAACUGAAAGUGGGGAAUUACGCUCUAUUAAAUUUGGAUUCGUAAUCAUUGCAGCAGGACCUCACUCUGCAAGAGUUGCAAAAAUGGCCAGAAUUGGUACUGGUGAGGGGAUGCUGAGCAUCCCAUUACCCGUGGAACCAAGGAAGAGAUAUGUAUUCUGUAUAAACUGCAAGAAUGGACCGGGUCUGAACACUCCAUUAACAAUAGAUCCCUCAGGAGCAUAUUUUAGACGGGAAGGUCUUGCUGGCAAUUAUAUUUGUGGCAGAUCUCCACUUCCUGAAGAAGAACCUAGUGUAGAUAAUCUGGAUGUGGAUUAUGAUUUCUUUGAUAAAAAUGUCUGGCCAAUCCUUGCAAAACGUGUGCCUGCAUUUGAAUCAGUUAAGGUGAAAAGUGCAUGGAGUGGUUACUACGAGUACAACACUUAUGACGAGAAUGGAAUUGUUGGUCCUCAUCCAUAUUACACAAACUUGUAUAUUGCAACAGGCUUCAGUGGUCAUGUUAUUUAUGUUUCCAUGUUGCAGGAAUUCAACAUUCACCGGCUGUUGGUAGAAGCGUCAUGGAAAUGAUUUUGGAUGGAGAUUUUGAGACCAUUGAUCUUAAACGAAUGAGUUUUGAUAGACUUAUAACAGAUACACCCCUUAUAGAACAGAACAUUUUUUAGCAAGAGUGUAAUUGAUACACAAUUUAUAUAACAGUACAGAAAAGAUCAGUAAUAAUAUCCAAGUCCUUUGUAUUGUAAUUUUUCUUCAGUUUCACAAAUAGCAAUUUCAUCAUCAUAAUCAUCUUACUUUGUUCAUGAAGUCUGUAGAGUGAAUAUAAAUACACUGCAUGUAGGUAGUUAUACAA